AAGGCGCGACCGUGAGCGUCCGGCUGCUGGGCGACGGUUGAGCUCUGGCUCUUUUUCCCAACGGGCGGCCUCGGGACCGGCGCCGCUUCGGGGGAUGGCCUCCAGCUAUAAGAAAGCGUCCCUUGGAGCAGUAGCUCAGAGGAAGAAAACAGCUCCCAAAACCGAACUCACCGAAGAGCAGAAGCAAGAGAUUCGGGAGGCCUUUGAUCUCUUUGACACCGAUGGGACUGGCAACAUUGACGUAAAAGAGUUGAAGGUCGCCAUGAGGGCCCUUGGGUUUGAGCCCAAGAAAGACGAGAUCAAGAAAAUGAUCCUUGAGAUUGAUAAGGAAGGGACAGGAAAGAUCACCUUCAGUGACUUCCUAGGAGUGAUGACCCAGAAGAUGGCUGAAAAAGAUUCAAAAGAAGAAAUUCUGAAAGCGUUUAAGCUCUUCGAUGACGACGAAACAGGCAAAAUCUCUUUCAAAAACCUUAAGCGCGUGGCCAAAGAACUGGGGGAGAAUCUCACGGACGAGGAGCUUCAGGAGAUGAUUGAUGAAGCCGAUCGAGACGGCGAUGGGGAAGUCAAUGAACAGGAGUUUCUGCGGAUCAUGAAGAAAACCAGCUUGUACUGAGACGCCGGGUCCACACCGUGACUUCAUUUGUUGCCUCCUGUUGGCUGAGUUCAGUCUCAACAGGUUCUCUUGGAAAGCAGCCCGAAUUUCAUAAACAUUGUGAGCUACUUAACAGUUCUUUUUCUCUUUGUAGAUCCCAGCGACACCUGCUGACCUCCCAGCCCAUCCUUCAGUGUUGUACACAGCAGAAAAAUGUGAGGCCUGGUGGGUGAAAGGACAGUUUGAAGAAAGGGGUGUUAUUUCUACAUAGGUUGCAUGUGAGAAAGGGGGUUUUGAAUUUCCAUUCUGAGAAAUAACCUUUCUCUUUCAAAACAUUGUUGCAAAGAAGCGGAAACUCUUACUAUUUGGGUGUUUAGUCAAGAAGGAAACAGUUCCAGGAAGUAAAUUUGAGAACAAUUUGAUUCUUCACUCUUCUGUUCUUGUCAUUUACGAAAGGGGCCUGAUUCUGGUUGUAAAUAUCCAGAAGCAGUGCCUGCCUUAUCUAAAUGUUGACAUAAAGAUACUGUGCACUUAACUACGUAGCUUUUAUUUCCCUCUCACCACCAGAAAAAAGCACUGAAUGUAAAUGGAUAUAACUUUGAGACCAGAACUGAUUGGAAGGAACUUGUAAUAGUUUUGUUUUCUUCUUCUAAACGUGGCUUGUGUUGUUAGUUGUGAAAAGUAAAGCUGAGAUCAAGUUUUAUGGC